AGAAGAGGAAUAGUUUUUGACGUUUACCGUUUAUAGGUUAUGUUAUGAAAUUAUUUUCGAUUGAAAAGAAUCAAAAGAAUGGAUGAUGUGCAACAAAAUGAAAAUUUCGUUAUUAAGACGGAAAAAUCGGAAUAUGAAGUCAAUUUGCAUUUGGAGCCUUUGAUAGAAAUUAAAGUAGAAAACGACGAGAAACCGGAGUUCCUACAAAUGAUAUCAUCCAGCGAAAAUGAAAAUCCUUCCAAUUUUUUAUUAAAUACAUUAAGCUUAAUCAAAGAGGAAUUAGUUGAUAACGAAUCGAUCAAAUCGGAGCACCUAUCAAACUUUUACACGGAGAACGUGUUUACGAAACCUUGCACUAGCAAAGAUUCCCGUGGUUGUGAUCCUAUUAAGAAAAAGAUCAAGAUAUACUACUGCCCUAUUUGUAGAAAAAAAUUCCAAAACAAAAAAUCGCGCAAGUACCACUUCCAUCGACACUUCCAGAAAAAACCCGUACUAUGCUCCUCCUGCGGCGAAACCUGCCUCAACGGGAAACAAUACAUAAACCACUACGUCCUGCACCAACCCAAGAAAAACCGCCGCACCAAAAAACCCACCCGCAACGAACUCUUCACCAUCGCCCUGCGCCAUUUCAACGACAAACCCUUCGCGUGCGACGUCUGCAACAAAAACUUCGCCCAAAACCGCAGCCUAAAAAGGCACCAGCUCGUGCACGAAAAGAAACCCGACCGACCAGAGCAACCCCUCAACUGCCGCGUGUGCUUCAAGAUGUUCUCGCACGCUUACAAACUCAACAGGCACAUGCUGUCCCACGAAAAGAAACCCGACCACGACCGCAAACCCUUCAUGUGCGAGAUCUGCUCGAACCAAUACGCCUCCAAGCACUCCCUCGACAACCACCUGAAGACCCACACCGGCGACAGACCGUUCGCGUGCGACUCCUGCGACAAGCGCUUCUUCAGGAAGAAGCUGCUCAAAGACCACCUGCUCAUCCACUCGGGCAAGCGCCCCUUCGCCUGCCACCUGUGCCCCAAAUCCUUCACGCAGCGCUCCAAGUUGAACACGCACAUGAAGAUGCACGAGGAGGACAAGCCCUUCAAGUGCGACGUCUGCUACAAGGGCUUCGUCUCGAAUUGCCGGCUCGCCAAGCACGCGUUGAUCCACAGGGAGACCAAGCGCUUCCACUGCACCUACUGCCCCAAGCAGUUCAUCGAGAAGCGCAACUUGGACGCUCACAUUCUCCUGCACGACGGCAAGAAACCCUUCCAGUGCGACGUCUGCUCCAAGGCGUUCACGUGGAAACACAACCUCAACCAUCACAUGAAGAUCCACAACGAGGGCUCCUUCAAAUGCGACGUCUGCUCCGAGUACUUCCCGCGCUACCACAUUUUGAAAAACCACGUUCGAACCCACUCGAAUUAGAUUAGAAAUAACAUUUAAUAUCAUCAGUUUAACGUACAAAUUUCUUUUACAUCGACCGCCAAAGGGUACACGUUUUAAUCCUUAAAUAAAUUCCUGUUUUUCGUUUCUUUACAUUAAGCCAAACGUUCUUACUGACGCGGGGGCAUGAAACCGUGCUGGGGCGACGGCUGGGCGAAGCCCUUCGGGUACGGAUUGCCCUGCGUAGACGACGGAUACACCACCGGCGAGUGCCCGUACUGCUGCUGUUGCCCGUAGGGCAGGUUCGCGUUCGAGUAGUUGCUGCUCGACACCUGCUGCGGAG